AUGCUGCCUGUGACCCAUGUGCUGGCCUUCGGUGCUUGGCUGGUGACACAGAGCAAGGCUACACCGAGUACCCCCACAAUCUCCAUCUUCCUGAAGCCACCCGGGGUGAUCCCACCAGGAGGCUCCACCACCAUCUGCUGCAGUUACCAGCAUGGCAAUGGGAACUUUGUGCUGUACAAGAGCAGCCACCAGCUGCAUGCCAUGGAGCAGCAUGGCAACCGGGCCGAGUUCUCCAUCUCUAAUGCCACCUAUGAGGACAAAGGUACCUACAACUGCCGUUACAUGGAGGGAGGCACUGUGCUGGCUUACAGCGAUGAGCUGGAUCUCAUGGUGGCAGAGGUCCAUCUCCCAAGACCCCACCUCUCUGUCCUGCCUGGGCAUGAGGUGACUGCAGGAGCUCUUGUGAUGUUCUGUUGCACCAUCACACACCCCAGUACUGGCUGUUUCCUGUACCUGGAGGGCCAGACCCGAGCCCAAGUACUCUCAAAGGAACAAGACGGCUACAACUUCUCCCAUGUGCAGAAAGGUGACAGGGGCCGCUACAGCUGCCAGUGUUUCCUCAAUAAUGCUUCAUUACAAUGGUCUGCUGUCAGCAAGCCCCUGGAUUUGAUGGUGAGAGAUUACACGUUACACAACGCGGUGCGCCUGGCCCUGGGGACCGCGGUGCUGCUGCUGCUGGCGCUGAUCACU